AUGGGGGGCGAGACCGUGCGGCUGUUCGUGAAGGGCCAAAUCCUGGGCUACAAGCGGGCCAAGGCUAACCAGCACAACCACACGGCGCUCAUCAAGAUCGACGGCGUGGCGUCCAAGAAGGAGCUGGACUUCUACCUGGGCAAGCGCAUCGCCUACAUCUACCGCGCCCACACCGAGAAGCAGGGAUCCAAGCUGCGGGUCAUCUGGGGCAAGGUCACGCGCGCCCACGGCAGCGGCGGCACCGUGCGCUCAAAGUUCAGGAAGAACCUGCCCCCGAAGAGCCUCGGCGCGUCGGUGCGCGUGAUGCUCUACCCCAGCCGGGUGUGA